AUGAGCUUCCUAGACUCCGUAGUUGUUUUAAGAAAAACAGUGAGCAAUUUAAGCAGUAUAAGCACAGAAGCUGUAGUUGAGGAAAACUUGCUAGAUUCAACUCUGACCGAAGAUAAUAUGCUGACACUCACGCCUACAACAUUACCACAACUUUCAACACCAAUAUCGAGCUCCCCUUCGUCUUCGACACCAUCACGUUCGAACCGUCGACGAAGAAACCGCAAGCAUGAUAAGAAUGCAAAAUUUGAUGAAGCCAUUGAAGCAAUAGUCACAUCUGCAACUAAAGCGGAUGCUGACAAUGUCUUUAUUAAUUUUGGGAGAACUAUUGCCAUUCAAUUAGAGCAGUUGCCACUGCGUCAGGCCACGGAAGCAAUGUCCGAAAUUCACAGCAUUGUAACACGUAAAGUUCUUCAAAACAUAGAAUCUUCAGAGCAGGAAGCGCACAUUGUUGAACCGGAUUUAGUACAACUUGCUUUGGAUGAAGCAGAUAUUAGUUUUUACUAAAUUUUACACAAAUACAGUGACCCAAAUAAAAAUUGGGACGCGACCUUUUAACAAGUGUUGGAUAUUUUUGCUUUAUAUUAUUUAAUGUAACAUUUUUUUAUGAAAGUAUAGCUGAUUACUUAACAAAACACAUAUAAAUCGAGAUUUUUAGAAUUCGUGCCAAAAUUAUGAAAU